CAACACCCAAAACAAAACAUGGAAAUCACUGACGUCAUAGGUAAUUUGGGACGACUUCAGUGUUACAUAAUAAUCUUACUUAUAUACCGCGGAGUGCCGACAGCAUGGGAAGUUUUGGCCCUACCAUUUUUGGCUCCAGAUACUGACCAUUGGUGUGCCAAACCACACCAACUAGAGAACUGGACAGUUAUCCAAUGGAAGAAUGUGUCCAUACCGUUCGACACUAAGAAACAAGAAUUCAGCCAGUGUCAGAGCUACAGCUACAAGUUAGUGGAGUCACCUAAUUCCUGGGAUGUAAUUAUUGAUCAGAAUGUCACGGUUCCCUGUAUAAAGUGGGAUUACACCACUAAAGACAACACAAUAAUAACCCAAUGGGACUUGUUCUGUGAUCGGGAAUGGCUGGUAUCCAUGAACCAGACGGUGUUUAUGUUGGGAAUGUUGACUGGAGUAUUUAUAUCUGGUCAUCUUAGUGACAGGUUUGAACGACGUCCUGUGUUUCUGGGUUUUCUGUGUCUGACUAUUUUCUCGAGCUACGUAGGCGCAGCUGUUCCGAAUUUGCCAUUUUUCUAUUUGACCCGGUUUUUCUCAGCGAUGGGGAUAGCCGGAAUACAAAAUGCUGGUGUUUGCCUUUUAAUUGAAACGAUUAGUCCAGGGUAUCGACUUUGGAUAGCGGUUUCAUUUUCAUUGGGUUGGAUCCUAGGAUUAAUCAUUCUUCCUGGACUAGCUUGGAUAAUCAGGGACUGGCAGUAUUUUCGAGCUGUAAUCACGUGCGGGUGGCUACCGAUUUUGACCUCCUGGUGGUUUCUUCCCGAAUCUCCAAGAUGGCUUCUAACCAGGAAGCGGUAUACAGACGCAGAGAAUAACAUCAGGAAGUUUAUCAGAGUCAAUAGAUUAAUUGUUUCAAACCUGGACCGCACCAUGGAAAUCUUAAAAGCGAAGAUUGAAGCGAGUAAAUCCACGCACGUCGCUGUACCUUCAGUAAUCUAUGGUGUUCUGUCAAUAGUAGCAGCCAUUAUGGUCUUCCUUCUUCCGGAAACAUUUAACAGACAGCUUUCGGACACAAUAGUGGAGAUAGAGAACCCAGAGAAACUGGCCAAAUAUCAAACAGAAGAUCCAAUUGAAGAGAAUGAGCUGCAAGAACCAGUAACAGCAUGAAAAAUAGAACCAUACAGUCAAUGUUAACUGUAUUUAACAGUAUAUUAGAAUUAUUUUUAC